AGUAUUUUGAUCUGCAACAUUCAAUUUCUUGACGGAACGAACCAGGAUUUUGUCAUACCAAAAAAGUCCUAUGGUAGUUUUUUAUUGAAGAAAGCAUUCGAGCACGUUGACUUGUUGGAGGUUGAUUACUUCGGUCUGCAAUUCACCGACCCAGUGCAGAAUAUCAACAGAUGGCUUGAGUUCAACAAGCAAGUUAAGAAGCAAUAUUCCGGAUCGAUGGAUUCAUCGAGUCAACUGAGAGUCAAGUUCUAUUCAUCCCAACCCAGCAAUCUCAAAGAGGAAAUUACAAGAUAUUAUGUAUAUUUGCAGUUGAAGGAAGACAUACGAGUGGGCAGGUUGGCCUGUCCCGAUGACGUCGCCAUGGAGUUAGGGGCCCUCGUUAUUCAGGCCGAGUUAGGUGAUUACGAUAGCGCGGAACAUACGCUGGAGGUGGUGGCCCAGUUCGAUUUGGUACCGAAACAGACCAAAGAAAUAGAAGUUGGAGUGCUGGAAAAUUAUAAAAAAUUAAAAGGUAUGUCACCCAGCCAAUCAGAACUCUCCUAUUUAAAUAAGGCCCGCUGGCUUGAAGCCUACGGAGUCGACUUUCACGACGUUAAAGGCCGUGAUGAUAAUGAUUACCGACUUGGUCUGGUGCCGACCGGUAUUUUGGUAUUCGAGGGCAGUCAGAGAAUCGGCUUAUUCUAUUGGCCAAAGAUAACGAAACUGCAAUUCAAGAAGAAGAAAUUAAUCCUGAACGUCGUUGAAAGCGACGACAAAGGUGUGGACCAAGAACACACAUUCGUAUUUCGUAGCUCUAGCGACAGGGCUUGCAAGCACCUGUGGAAAUGUGCGGUCGAACAUCACGCCUUCUACCGACUCAGCGGGCCGACCAAAUCGGUUACGGUUCGCUCACCGUUUUUCCGACUCGGUUCUAAGUUUAGAUACAGCGGCAACACAGAACUUCAAUCGCUAACGUCAACGCGAGCGAGAAGGAGCGUCACGUUCGAACGUAGAUCCAGCCAGAAACGACCUAGAUUUCAAGGUCAAAGUUCGAGGUCAACU